AUGUCGAUAUCACUUGGGGCCACGUCUCCAAGGAAACAGAGGAAGAAGACCGGCCCCACGGUGUCCAUCCUCAUCCUAAAUGCCAUCUCUUCCUACGACGCUCCACGCGGCGUGUCACUUGUGGCCCUUAAGAAGGUGCUGAAAGCUCACGGCUACGAUGUCGCCCGGAACCGAGCCCGUAUUCGCCUCGCUUUGCGCAGAAUGGUGGCCAAAAAAGUCAUCGUGCGCACGCGUGGCAAAGGGGUUUCCGGUUCCUUCAAGCUCAACCCCAGACCGCCCAGUGGUCGCAGAAGGCGGGCUAACAAGGGGGGAGGGAGAAACAAGAGACGGAGGAGGAAGGGGAAGAGGAGGAAGUCCCAGGCGAGGAGAGCAAGGAGGAGGCGCUCCAGGAGGGGACGCAGGAGGGCCACCCCUGCCAGGAAAAAGUCGACCAGGAGGAGGACUAGAAGGGCUCCGAGAAGGAAGACUCCUCAAAAAACCAGGAGGGUCCAAAGCAGGAGGACCAAGCCCGCCAAGAUGUACAGGAGAAGGGGGAGGAGGAGGAGCGGAAGGUAUUAUUAA